AUGUCUUCAGUCAUCAAAAAUGUGGCCUAUAUUUGUUCAAAAAAAAGGUCGAGAACAUGGGGAAAUGAGGGUUGGCAAAAAAUUGUUGUGUUAAUAGUUGCAGAUGGUCUUAAUAAAAUCAAUGAACGUACUCUAAAUGUCCUGAGUCUUAUGGGUUGUUAUCAAGAUGGAAUUAUACAAAAAAGUGUCAGAGGUAAACCUGUUACUGCACAUCUUUUCGAAUAUACUACACAAUUAAUGGUCGAUAAUGAUUUUAAUGUCAAAGGGAAAGACUAUAGUAUCCCACCAGUGCAAGUUAUCUUUUGUUUAAAACAAAAAAAUGCAAAAAAAUUAAAUUCUCAUCGUUGGUCUUUCAAAGCCUUUGCGAAUCUUUUGAACCCAAAAAUUUGUAUUUUACUUGAUGUGGGCACAAAACCCUCGCAAACCUCAGUUUACCGCUUGUGGAAAGCUUUUGAUCGUGAUCAACAUAUUGGUGGUGCUUGUGGAGAAAUUAAAGUAGAUCUUGGUUAUAAAUGUAGAAACCUUCUUAAUCCUUUAAUCGCUUCUCAAAAUUUUGAAUAUAAAAUAUCUAAUAUCUUAGACAAGCCGUCAGAAUCUGUUUUUGGUUAUAUCUCAGUAUUACUAGGUGCUUUCUCCACAUACCGAUAUGAAGCAUUAUUGAAUGGGCCUUUGGAAAAAUACCUUAAAGGUGAGUAUGAUGAUUCAGGUGCUACUAAAACUGGUAUAUUCGAAGCAAACAUGUACCUGGCAGAAGAUCGUAUUUUAAGUUUUGAGCUUGUCAUUAAGAAAGAUGAAUCUUGGAAAUUAAAAUACAUAAAGUCAGCUAAAGCAGAAACUGAUGUCCCAGACAAUGUGCCUGAAUUUAUUUCCCAACGUCGUCGCUGGUUGAAUGGAUCUUUCUUUACUACUUUCUAUUCGAUUGCCAAAUUUACUCAUGUUUGGAGAUCUGGACAGCCAUUUUAUCGCAAAAUAUUAUUACAAAUUCAAUUAGUUUAUAAUGCUUUUGUUUUCUUAAUUCAAUCCACCACUUCAAAUCCUAUAACCGAUCCUUUCAAAGGUCAUGGAGAUAAUUUAUUUGAAGCUGCUCGCUCGUUGUAUUUAAUAAUUAUUGUUAUAAUUUUUAUUUGUUCAAUGGGUAAUCGCCCUCAAGGAACAAAAUUGAUAUACACACUCUCAGUACCACCAAUAGAUUUUAAGAACCUUUCGAAUAUUCAAGAAACUUUAAAGAAUGCAGCAUUCCGUGACAUCGUUAUUUCUGUUGCUUUAACAUUUUUGCUAUAUCUUUUUUCAUCCUUUAUUUAUUUUGAACCGUGGCACAUGUUCAGCUGUUUAGUUCAAUACCUUUUACUUGUUCCUUCCUACGUCAAUAUUCUUAUGAUUUAUGCUUUUUGUAAUACUCAUGAUGUUUCAUGGGGUACAAAAGGAGAUAAUAUUAAUACUGGAGUACUGCCAACUGAAGUUGAUCAAGAAACCAUUACAAUUGAAAUUUAUGAAGAUGAAGAUGCCGCAUACGACAAUAUUAUCACUCAACUAAAAAAUAAAGAGCAUGAUGAUAAACAACACCGAAAUGCCGUUAUUAAGAAAGAUGAUUAUUAUAAAUUGUUUAGAACAAAUUUUGUUCUUUCAUGGAUAUUUACAAAUGGUUUAAUAAUUUUUUUAUUUACAUCAAAUGCUUUUGCAAAAUAUUUUUCAACUCUCGAUUAUAAUCCUUAUUUGGUUUUUGGUAUGUUAUUUAUUGAAUUAUCUUAA